UUACUCAUCGUCUCUUUCGUUCGAUUGCAUUUCCCGAGAAAAUAGAAUCCGGCCAGACGAAUUUUGGACUCUGCUACUGCAAUUUGCUAGCAUUUCAUCGAAUCAGCCGUAUAGAAAUCUCUAAGAAGAGGCAGAGAGAGAAGUGGAAGGAAGGGAGCUGAACGGAGACUCAUCGGAAGCCCUCGGUUGGGGCUCAAUCUCGACGCUUCUCACCGUAAUUUCUUUCUGAAGUGUUUUUAUUUGCGCCACUCACCGACUGGAUCAUUCCUGUCUGAAUGUUGAUUAUUAUCUGUCUUUUAUCUCUCUCUCUCGGCGUGUGAGUUGUUUGUUAGUGUAAUUUCCUCUUGGCCUGAGGAAACAGAGCCGUUCUGUCUUUCUUACUAGGGUUUAUCUGAGUUUGUAAGGCAGUUUUUAGAGUUUAGUAUAGGAAACGAACGAUAUUAGAAACCCUAGUUUUCGAUAGGUUGUUGGAGUUUACAUUUUCAGUGGCUUAGUUUUUGGUUUCAACUUCAUGGCAUUUGAUCAGAAUGCAAUUCCCACCGGCUUGCGGCCUUUAAAUGUAGCUAGAACUUUGGUUGAAGAUCCCCAUUUAACGCCGGUCGCUACUACCGUUCGAAACCCGCAAAUGUUUACCCCCCAGCAUCCCUGCGACAUUGCCAGUGCAGACACUGUGCCCGUUCCUUGUAAGGGGAACGUCUCCGAUAUGGGAUUUGUUGAGCUAGGAUAUGGAAAUGUGGUUGCUGGUGUUACUGCAUGGUGCCCUCGAAUGCCUCCUCCCCUUGCGCAUACUGCAACGAUUCCUGCCGUAGGGUUUGGUUACUGCUCGAAUCUGAAUGUCAUGGGCAAUCGGGGUGGUGUCAAUGCUAUUGAGCUUGCUAGCAGUUGCAUGACAGUUGGGAUUAAUCAUAGUACAAAUUUGAGUCAUCGAGUUGGGGGAGGUGGCAUGGAAUUUGUGAGCAAUAAUAUCUCAAUGGGGUCUGGGGAUAGUACCAAUUUAUGCAAUAAGGUGAUUGCCAAUGGUGAUCAGAUUAGUAAUGAUAGUUCUUCUGGAUUUAGCUCCCACUUGGAGAAUUUGGUUGGUGGGAAUUCGGUUGAUCAAGUGAGCGAGGAGGGUGGAGAUGGUUCCAUUUCGAAAAAGAAAGUUAAGUUUAUGUGCAGUUUUGGUGGCAAGAUUUUUCCUAGACCGAGUGAUGGUAUGUUGAGAUACAUUGGAGGACAAACAAGGAUUAUAAGUGUUAGGAGAGAUGUGACUUUCAAUGAGCUUGUGCGAAAGAUGGUUGAUACCUGCGGGCAGGCUGUGGUUAUAAAGUAUCAGCUCCCCGACGAGGAUCUUGACGCUUUAAUAUCUGUUUCAUGCCCUGAUGAUCUUGAUAACAUGAUGGAUGAGUAUGAGAAGCUGGUUGAGAGGUCUUCAGAUGGAUCGGCUAAAUUGAGAAUAUUUUUGUUCUCUGCUUCAGAACUUGACUCUUCAGGUAUGGUGCAAUUUGGCGAUUUGCAUGAUAGUGGGCAGAGAUAUGUUGAAACAGUGAACGGGAUAUUUGAUGGUGUUGGUGGCCGUAUUACAAGGAAAGAGAGCUUUGCAAGUGCUACCUCAACUCAGAAUUCUGACUUAAGUGGGACUGAGGUGAUGGAUAUCGCAAAUAACGAUCUAGGGGUUGUGAGUGGGCCUCCAUCCACAACAUUGUCCUUACCUGGAGGAGAUUUAGGUACUGCAGUUGGUAUUGGCCCCGGAUUAGUGAAGGUCGAUCCCGUCUCUGCAGUUUUUGUAGAUUCCUCUGCUGUUCCAUUAAGUAUUCCUGUGGUUAACUCUGUUUCUCCUGAAGCCUCUUCCCAGCCUGAGGCGGAGUUAGGAAGAUCUGUGCCUGUUACUCUAAUGCAGCAGCAACCAGGUAUUGACUUUCCUCCACCCGUGUCCCAAUUGCAGCCUACUGGUGAUCCUCGGCAAGCAGCAUGUGUGGACUUUAUACAAUUGCGUCCACAACUAGGCUUUUCAAACUCCCAUCAUGUAGGGGCAUCUGGGUCUGUGUUUAUACAACAGCCAAAUACUCUUGGAAUUACCCCUCAUCAGUUUGUCCCUGCAGUUCACAUGACGAUGGCUCCCUCUUCUUCUCACCUCAGUAUUAUGCCAAAUUCCUAUCAAUCCUUGGUUCAAUAUCCACAGUCUCAGACGGAGUAUUUUACUAAUGCAAGCACUUUUGGUCCAAGGUUUGUCCAGCUAUCUGCAGAACAAGGCUACAAACCACUCCAGGUUUCAGCUCCUCCAGUAUCAGUAGGGGUUGGAUUUGGUUUACAUCAGGUACCGCAAUCUGAUCAGAUAGGUACAUGUGAUGAAUUGGUAUCCCAUCAUCAGGCAACUUUUUCUGAGAAGAUUGAGAGGUUGGAUGACUGUUACUUUUGCCAGAAAGCAGUGCCACACACUCAUUCCAAUUCUCCGUUGCAGGAUCAAAGAGAGAAUUUGACGAACCCUGUAUCUGAUUCGAAAUUUUCGUAUUACAGUCAUCACCCUGAAGAUCAUUUAACAGCCCAUCCAAUGAAAAAUAUUACAGAAACUGGAGCUUUGGGGCAACAAACUAUUGAACAUGGUGUUGGAAUGCAAACCAGGAUCUUUAAUCCCAUUGAUCCAGAAGUUGAAAAACCUUCAGUGGAGGCUAUUGGUUUUGCACAUCAUAUUGAGGGCCAACAUGAGAAUGACGACACUUUAAAAGAUCAAUGUAAUCUUGAUCAUGGUAGGAUCUCAGUUCUCCAGGGUGCUCUUGGGAGGCAAGGUGAUAUUCGGUCACCCCAUGUUGCUGUUGUAGAACAGAUUCCUCGGCCUGGUGAAGUUGAUACACUCCAGCACCAUCAUGUAGCUGUAGAGAAUCAGUUCCAUCCCAAUUUAGUCCUGGAUAGACACGAUAUUUGCCUUGGAGGUGCUCCUAUCCUUGCUUCAGAGUACAGCACUCACGAAAAUCCAAAAGAGUAUUCUAAUAGUCAUCAUGGCAUUAUUCCAAACCAAAAUGCUACCCACGCUGGAAUUUGUUACGACCAUCUCAGACCAAUUGUUGGAAAUUUGGAAAGUUUAAGUAUAUGCCCAACUGAUAUUUGUGCUAAUUUGGAUCACUGCAAAUCACCCAUUGAAAGAACUAGGAAGGAAGACAAUUUUGGCAGCUGUUCACAACCAGUCUCAGAGAGGGAAGUUCUACUAGAUAACAACUUUGUAAAGCCAAUAGUGGUUCUCGACCCAAAUCACAUAAAACCAACUACUUUUGCUUGCUCUUCAUCGGAGGUUCCCUAUUUGAUGAAUGAACGACCUCUUGAGUCCAGUGAAGUGGUACAACCUCCUGUCUGGGGCUCUCCCGGAACAUUACCACAAACAGAAAAUGGGAUCCAACAUUUAGAAUCCAAUGAAGUCUAUCAUAUCAGAAAUCCCCACUUACUUGACAUGAAGACUGAACAUAUAAAUAAUGAAGUCCCAGUUUCUGUCGAGUGGAAGGAGGACACUUCUCUAUUCGAAGCCAGAAUUGUAUCUGGUGAUGUUGAAUCCGUAUCUUUGCCUAUCAGGACUGGAAAUGUGCAGGACACUGUGAAUUCACUCUUCAGUAAUCAGGAUCCUUGGAACUUGCAGCAUGAUGCUCAUCUUUUGCCCCCUAGACCAACUAAAAUUCAACCGAGGAAUGAAGCCCUUGCCACCCGGGAACCCUUGACAGAGAGUCCUUUCAGGAAUAUUGGUGAACUAAAUGUGGAAACAUUACUGGAUGGAGUAUGUCACCCAUUGGUUAACUCAAACAAGGGCUCUUCAGAGGAACAAAUUAGGAAAGAUCUUCAAGCUGUUGCUGAGGGUGUAGCUGCGUCUGUUCUUCAGUCAGCUCAAUCCUCCAGCUCUGAAUUGCAUGAAAAAAUUGAUUCAGUUUGUGAAACGAACACCGAAGGAGAUGUUCGAAAUAAUGAUGAUGGCAGGACAAGACAUUCAGAAAAAGCAAACUUUGGUUUUUCUGUGUCAGAAGGCUUUGGCCGCUUGCAGGUAAUAAAGAAUAGCGACCUUGAAGAACUAAGAGAAUUAGGUUCUGGCACCUUUGGCACUGUUUAUCAUGGAAAAUGGAGGGGGACUGAUGUUGCUAUCAAACGAGUCAAUGAUAGGUGUUUUGCUGGGAAGCCUUCUGAACAAGAUCGCAUGAGAGAGGAUUUUUGGAAUGAAGCAAUUAAGCUUGCUGAUUUGCACCACCCAAAUGUGGUUGCUUUUUACGGUGUUGUGCUUGAUGGCCUUGGGGGCUCUGUGGCAACAGUAACAGAAUAUAUGGUUAAUGGCUCGCUCAGAAAUGCUUUGUUGAAGAAUGAACGGAGUCUUGACAAGCGUAAGCGUGUCUUGAUUGCUAUGGAUGCGGCUUUUGGAAUGGAAUACCUGCACAGAAAGAAUAUAGUGCACUUUGAUUUGAAAAGUGACAAUCUACUGGUCAACCUUCGAGAUCCUCAUCGCCCAAUAUGCAAGGUCGGUGACUUAGGCCUAUCAAAGGUGAAACGUCAGACAUUGAUAUCAGGUGGUGUGCGGGGCACACUUCCAUGGAUGGCACCCGAGCUUUUGAAUGGGAGCAGCAAUAUGGUGUCCGAAAAGGUCGAUGUGUUUUCCUUUGGUAUUGUCUUGUGGGAGCUCCUUACUGGAGAAGAACCUUAUGCAAAUUUGCAUUAUGGAGUUAUUAUAGGUGGCAUAGUAAGCAACACGUUGCGACCGGAAGUACCGGAGUCUUGUGAUCCAGAAUGGAGGUCACUGAUGGAGAGAUGCUGGUCAUCAGAGCCAUCAGAGAGGCCAAGCUUCACUGAAAUUGCACAUGAACUGCGCUCCAUGGCUGCAAAAGCUCCUCCAAAAGUACCCAACCAGCUGCAGUAGCUGUCUUCACUCAACCUCAUCUCCCAGUUCUGGAGUAAAUUUAGGCAUAUUACUUCUCUGAUGGCCCUUUCCUGUUCGCCUAUGUUUCAGAAUUGCGAAAUACAAGUACGUUGCUCAAAUUUUGGGAUUCGGUAGAUAUUACAUGAUCUUUUUACUACUAACAGAAAGAGAGAUAGGUCAGAGUAGUUAGGAAUGCAAGCAUAAUACCUUUUCAAUUCGCAGCUGCUUAGAUUAUGAUUAUUUGUUUAGCAUUCUUUUGCCUUCCAAAUUUGGUACUAAUUUCUUUGAUACACUUCUUUUUCUUUGACAAUAUUUUAAAUGUUAUACACAAAGAAAAGGAAAAAAAAAAUCCAUAGAUUUGGGUUUCUCAUCUUCCCUCUGAUUUGGUGGGUGGGAAGCAAGGCAAUAU